GUCCCGAGCGCAGCCCCGCGGGCGGGGGGCGGCACCGAGCGCCCGCCCCGCCCCAUCGGAGGCAGGCGGCCGAGCCCGCGGCAGAGUCGCAGCCCCGCCGCGACAUGGCCGGCCGCCGCCUCCUGGGGCUCCUCCUCGCCUUCGCCGCGCUGCUGGGCGCAGGUCAUGGGGACAAGACAGAUGACUUUGACCUAGAAGAUGCCCUGUAUGACCACACCACCAAGCGACCGACUCCCGUGGGCCCCAGGAAGCCGGCAGGUGAUACAGGCUUUGAUUUGGCUGAUUACUUUGACACCAUUCCGGAGACUACCACCAAACCAGCCAAGCCGACUCCAAAGCCCUUCCCCAGGCCAGGAAAGCCAGACAACAGCUUUUGGGAUGUCAUCCGCACCACAACCAAGCAGCCAAAAACUACGAGGCCCCCCCCCAAACAUAACCCAGCAAAGGAUCCUAUGGAUUUUGACUUGGCUGAUGCCCUUGAUGAUAAGAACGAUGGGAAAGGUGCUAGGAGGCCGGACAUAAGGCCAGAUGAAGGGUUUUCAGACGAUGACCUGGCCAGCAUUGUGGACGGCGGCUACAGUCCAGACAAGAAGAAAGGUAGCAGGGGCAAAACCGACAACGACUACAGUGGAAGCACAGUGGCAGAUACAGGGACAAUCGCUGGCAUUGCCAGCGGCCUGGCCAUGGCGCUCGUCGGGGCUGUCACCAGCUACAUCUCCUACCAGCAGAAGAAGUUCUGCUUCAGCAUCCAACAGGGACUUAACUCGGAGUAUGUGAAAGGAGAAAACAUGGAAGCUGUCGUAAGUGAGGAACCCCAAGUCAAAUAUUCAGCCCUGGAAACGCAGUCAGCAGAACCACCGAAACAAGACAGUGCGAAGAUGUGAAGCAUGACCCAGGGCUAGAAAAGAAUCAGUCGGCAGCAAGUGGAGAUCUUACAUGUUUGUAAUUUAGCAUUUUAUUUAAUUUGACUCCAAAGCUAUUUUAUGUGUACUUAGGCUUGAACUGGCUUCUUAUUGCUCUAGGCUUUAGGGUUAGAGUGGUUGUGUGCGUUUAUUUUUUUGUAAAGAAGUACAUGUUUACAUCAAAGUAAAUGGUAGGUUUGAUGUCCAGGUGAAUGCAAACCAACAGAAGGUGCUUCAGCAGUGGCCAAUUUUAACUUAAGGGACAAGGUCUUUUCCAAGGAGCAGAGGAGCUUACAGGUGGGAGGCCAGCAAAGUGCCUGUGAAUAGCAGUCCAAAGGAAAUGAGUCAAAGUCUUUGUAAAGCACCUCCAGCCAAAUUCUGCUAUCAGCUGUGGGCAUGUCACUUCCAGCUGCACAUUUCCUGAGGGUAGACUGUGGUCCUUAGUAUAGCUACACCUAAAAAUGAAGUGCCUAUGGGUAGGUCCUCAGGUGGGGCCUCAGGCUGAGGCAGGUGACUGCCUGCUUCCAAGCCAGGAGUGGAGGAUGCUGUUCCACCACCCACCACUGGGCUUCUAACCAAAUAAAAGGAACUGAUUUUCACACCAAGUCAUAAAUACAGCAGUGAAUGCAGUGCUCACUUACAGCAAAUACCAUUGGAAUAUUUGACUGUGUUAGAGAUCAGAAUGGAGCUGAAGGUGCCAAGCAAUAUAGUUUGUCUGUGCGACAUGUCUACAUUGUCUCCAAAAUGGAAAAUGUGUGCAUUUGGAUGCUUUCAAGAACAGGUUCAGACCUCACUAGAACAAAUGACAGCUUUAACCCCACAGAAAAUAAAUAAACAGAAUAGGUAUCUGUUAAGACCUGUGUGCUUGCUACCACAGAAAUCAAGCUUAGCAAGAUGCAGCCCCCCACCUUCUUCUUUUAUCAACAACUGUUGAGAGCACUCCGUGGCACCCAAAGCAGAAAAAGGAUCUAAAGCGUUGUGUCACCAGCUACCCUUUAGAAAAGGCAGAAUCUCCUGAGAGGAUGGGUGCUCCCUCCAUCACCGUCCUGCAUGGAGCUCCUGCAGCUCUCUGGGGAGCAUUGGGUUGCAAGCAGUGCUCAGCAGAACACUGGGCUACCAAGAGCACCCCAACCCCGUCUGAGUGCUCACACAACGUGGAACCAAUACCAAGACCUUUGCUAUCUUGCAGGAAUUUGUGUUUGUUUCUGAUCCUUCCCUUGCCCUUCUAAAAUGUGGAUACUGCCACUUCUUGACACAUUUAUCCAAAGCAAUGAUUGUUUAAAAAGCAUGCUUCAAGUGAAGACAAAUUCACUGUACGUAGCAUAAGAGGUACUUACUAUUUAUAUAUAAACCUGAAAUGUGUGCAUUUUGUACUGUUCUGCCAGUCCCAUACUUUGUGAAUGUGUAUUAAACAAAAGGCCUUCUGGUUUGAUGUGGAAAUUCACAGCUUUCAGGUAGACACGACUUACAGAAGGCCUUGGCGGGAGGUGGAUCAGCCUAGGAGCGCUGCUGCCUAACAGCCCCACUUGGAGGGAAAUUGCCUAGUAACAUGGUUAAGUAUUUUGCAAUAGCUGCACAAUUCUUUCUGCUCUUUUUAACACUUGCAUUUGUAAAGCCUUACACUAGCUCUAGCAGAACAACUGCAGUGUUUUAUAAGGGAGACAAUUCUAGUGUUGUGGUGUCUCAUGUAUUCAGAACACUUGGGCUGCAACAGCGCUGCUGUGAACUAUGGCUGCUUCGUUUUAUGAGUGUGUUUGGAUUAGAAAACAAAACAAUUUCAUGAUGGCCUGCUCAGGGAGUGGAAGCAGAGGAAAUGGAGAUGAGAUGCGCUCCGUGUUUGCUUACUCCCAGAGGAUCUCCAUGGAGGAAGCAUGGUCUGCAGGACUGGGAUCAUCACGUGCAGGAGCUGAUGCUGAUGAAGCCACACAGCUGUUUGUGCAUCGCCAUUCCCAAGCACCAUCGCCUGUUUUUAUUUCUUACCCAAGCACAUUUGACAGCUGUAGCAUGAAAAAGGUUUUUAGAAAGUUACUGUAGAUGAAGUGUCACAACUUGGCACUGAGGAUCACUCAAAACAGUUUUCCUAGGUUAGAUCAAGUGACUAUAACUUCCUUUC